GGUUAAUGAUCUGCUAUUUCCAGAAAAGAGGAGAACGGCAGGAGGUUCCAGUGGGUUUGAUACGAUGGGUGUACAUCUGCUAUAAAUUUAGCAAAGAUCACACGAUGUUACCUUCAUUCCAGCAUAUCCUCCGGUGCUUAAACCUUCAGCUAAGAUGGUGGCAAUGGCAUCCUCUCACACUUAUCACACUUCUCUCCUGCUCUUCCUCCUCGUAGCCUGCUCAUGCAGGGCAUCGUUGGAUCAAGUGGUCGACCCUGCCUGCCCUCGGGUGAAGCCGGCGGUGGCGGUGGUGGCUGAAGACUGCGGCGGGCCAGCUCUGUGCGAGUCACCGGCUCCACACACUCCGGUCGCCGUGUUCCCGUACGACGUGGACCCGAUGCACUUCGCGCUGAACCUGGAGUUCACCGAGGCCGAGUUCUUCCUUCACGCGGCGUUCGGCGUGGGGCUCGACCAGAUCGCGCCUAACCUGACAUUAGGGGGCCCGCCUCCCAUUGGCGCCAUGAAGGCUAAGCUCGACGAGGUGACGUGGCGCGUCAUCGCGGAGUUCGGCCUUCAGGAGAUCGGCCACAUAAGGGCUAUCGAGAAGACAGUAGGUGGGAUCCCCAGGCCAAAGAUCGACCUAAGUCCCCAGAACUUUGCAAGGGUGAUGGACGAAGCAUUUGGGCACCCUUUGAACCCUCCUUUCGACCCCUACAUCGACAGCCUGAACUUCCUUAUGGCCACCUACGUGAUCCCCUACCUGGGUCUCAACGGCUACACCGGCACCAACCCCAUCAUCGACGGCUACGCCACAAAACGGCUUCUUGCAGGGUUGCUAGGCGUGGAGGCAGGGCAGGACGCCGUGAUCCGCACGCUCCUCUUCGAGCGGAGGCAGGAGACGGUGCCGCCGUACAAGGGGAUCACGGUGGCGGAGUUCACCGACCGGAUCUCCGCGACGCGCAACCGGCUGGGCAAGUGCGGGGUGAGGGACGAGGGGCUCACCGUGCCGCCGGAGCUCAGCGCGGAGCACAGGAUCUGCACAAACGUGCUCUCCGCCGACCAGGAUUCGCUCUCCUACACGAGGACGCCGGCACAACUGCUCAGGAUCCUCUACCUCACCGGCAACGAACAUGUUCCAGGCGGCUUCUAUCCGGAGGGAGCCAACGGGAAGAUUGCACGACAGUUUCUUCAAAAGCCGAUGCAAAACAACUAUCAUGUUUAAGGUAGAUGCUGCGCGAAUAAUGUACAAAGUGUAUGAGCGAUGGAUGCUCGUAUGCUUAUGUCUUCGAACAGCAAGUAUGCUGAUGUCCCUGGUUUUCAGUUUUGAGUCUGUUCAAUCAGAUUUGUGACUGUCUAUUGAAUAAAAGCACUGGGCAUUUAGCUUCA